UGACCGUUCUUUUAUAUAGGCAGGAAGACUGUGUCCAGGUGCCCAAAAUCAAAUCAAAAACCUCCUCCUCCUCCUCCCUCUCUAUCGCGGCAUGAAGCUUUAAGUGGGUGGAAAGGUCGACGUUCCCUUUAAUCACUUAUAAAAAGAAAACUCUCCUCUACCUCCAUACUUCCCUACAAUUUAUUUCUCCUCCUUCGCUAAUCAAUCUCUAUAAAGUUAAAAUUCAAUUUUACAAUCAUGCCAAGAAAGAUGCCUAUCGAUGGGGAAGUGAACCAAGCUAGCCAAGUAGAAGAAGAUGCCCACUUUGAUUUUGAUCUGUUUGUUAUUGGAGCUGGGAGUGGCGGUGUUCGUGCUGCUAGGUUUUCUGCUAAUUAUGGAGCUAAGGUUGGAAUUUGUGAGCUUCCAUUUCAUCCUAUCAGCUCAGAAGUAAAUGGAGGGGUUGGUGGAACGUGUGUUCUUCGCGGUUGUGUUCCCAAGAAGAUUUUAGUUUAUGGAGCAAAUUUUGGAGGUGAGAUUGAGGACGCCAGGAAUUAUGGUUGGGAAAUCAAUGAAAAGGUGGACUUCAACUGGAAAAAACUGUUGCAGAAAAAGUCAGAUGAAAUAGUCAGGCUAAAUGGAAUUUACAAGAGGUUACUAUCUAAUGCUGGGGUUAAACUGUAUGAAGGAGAGGGAAAGGUUGCCGGUCCUAAUGAAGUUGAACUGACACAACUAGAUGGCACUAAAUUGAAAUACUCAGCAAAGCACAUCCUGAUUGCAACUGGCAGUAAGGCUCAGCGUCCCAAUAUUCCUGGGCAGGAGUUGGGCAUAACUUCUGAUGAGGCAUUGAGUUUGGAAGAUUUACCAAAGCGUGCAGUAGUGCUUGGUGGAGGGUACAUUGCUGUUGAGUUUGCUUCGAUAUGGCGUGGCAUGGGUGCUACUGUGGAUCUAUUUCUCAGAAGGGAACUUCCGUUAAGGGGUUUUGAUGAUGAAAUGAGGGCUGUGGUUGCAAGAAAUCUUGAAGGCAGGGGAAUUAAUUUGCACCCCAGAACAAAUUUGACAGAGUUGACUAAAACAGAGGAUGGAAUUAAAGUUCGCACAGAUCAUGGAGAGGAGCUGUUGGCAGAUGUUGUACUUUUUGCCACCGGUCGAGCUCCCAAUACGAAGAGAUUAAAUUUGGAAGCUGCAGGCGUUGAGCUUGAUAAAACAGGAGCUGUGAAGGUUGACGAGUUCUCUCGCACCAACAUACCUAGCAUAUGGGCUGCUGGUGAUGUCACAAACCGAAUGAAUCUUACUCCCGUGGCCUUGAUGGAGGGGUCAUGCUUUGCUAAAACUGUUUUCGCAGGGCAACCUACCAAACCAGACUACAAUCACAUACCAUAUGCUGUGUUUAGCAUUCCUCCUCUCUCUGUAGUGGGCCUCAGCGAGGAGCAGGCAUUAGACCAAGCAAAUGGUGAUGUGUUGGUUUUCACUUCUACCUUUAAUCCUAUGAAGAACACGAUCUCUGGUCGACAAGAGAAGACAGUAAUGAAGCUUGUUGUUGAUGCUGAGACGGAUAAAGUUCUUGGAGCUUCCAUGUGUGGGCCAGAUGCACCUGAAAUUAUGCAGGGUAUUGCUGUUGCAUUGAAGUGUGGAGCAACCAAGCAACAAUUUGACAGUACUGUGGGAAUACACCCAUCUGCUGCUGAGGAAUUUGUGACCAUGCGUUCAGUGGCAAGGCGUGUUACUGCAAGUGGCAAACCGAAGACAAAUCUGUAAAAAUAUCAGUUCAAAAAGAAAAUCACAGGAAAAUCAUUGAGUUAUCACCAAUAAAAGUUCAUGUCAUUAUAGGAUUUUGAAAGCCUGGUAGCUCUGUUUCUAUUACAGAAAAGUAAUUUAAUGCCAAAGUAAUAUAUGUCUUAUUUUGGAUUGGCACCA